CAAAGCAGCCCACUAACAUCCCUGCUCCCUUCAACCCUGGGGGACAGCCUGGCGGUACUGCUGGAGCUAUAAUUAACAAGACUGAACAGGACCAAAACCUACCUUCCGAGGUCCAUCCACCAGCACAACAAGGCAAGGUUUCUAAAUCGCCAUACACUGAGCAGAAAACUUUUUCGGCGGUUGAAGCCAAACCUAACGCACCAGGGGGGACCACAAUAGCUGGGACGUUCAAGAACAGCAGUCCCUCUCACGUCAAUUCUGCAUCUAGCAAGGAUUCUAUGGAGCCCGUUCCGCACAAGGAUACACCUACAAAUGUUUAUAGCAAAUGUGUGUCUCCCCACUGCACCGAAGCGGUACUCAGUCAAAGUAUUAUGAAGAGCACGGUGGAGCAAAACAAUGCCGCAGGCAACUGGACAACGAUGAGUCAGACCACCGUGGUAUUAGGCACAGAUGGUAACACGUCUGUUCUGCCUGGCACCAUCAACGGGGGUGAUGAUGAUGACGAUGACAAAGAUGGGGAUGAAAACAAAGUCAGAGGAAACUGGUCAAAUAAACUGGAUUUCAUCCUUUCUAUGGUUGGUUACGCUGUGGGUUUGGGAAACGUAUGGCGAUUUCCCUACCUAGCCUUUCAAAACGGAGGAGGUGCGUUUUUAAUUCCUUACCUGAUAAUGCUGGCUCUCGCCGGUGUCCCUAUAUUUUUAUUGGAGGUGUCAUUGGGACAAUUUGCCAGCCAGGGACCUGUCUCUGUAUGGAAAGCUAUUCCUGCGCUCCAAGGCUGCGGGAUUGCCAUGUUGAUUAUUUCUGUCCUAAUAGCCAUAUAUUACAACAUCAUCAUGUGCUGGACUAUCUACUACCUGUUUUCCUCGCUUGGGUCUUUGCCGUGGGCGAAUUGCAGGAACCCUUGGAACACACCAGACUGCAAAGACAAAGACAUGCUUCUGUUAGAUUCCUGUAUACUGCGCGAUAAAAACAUCACCUCUAUUAAAAACAGUACCUUUUGUAUGUCUGCCAGUGUCGCCAAUAACCUGACCAGGCUCACUAACGUCACAUUGGAAAACAAAACUUUUGUCAGCCCUAGUGAGGAGUAUUUCAAAUACAAUGUACUGCACAUCUCUAAAGGCAUUGAAUACCCAGGGGACAUCAGGUGGCCACUAGCCCUGUGCUUGUUUUUGGCCUGGCUCAUUGUCUAUGUAUCGCUGGCUAAAGGAAUAAAGUCAUCAGGGAAAGUAGUAUAUUUUACAGCUACGUUUCCCUAUGUGGUGUUGGUCAUUCUGUUGAUCAGAGGAGUCACAUUGCCCGGGGCUGGAGCUGGAAUCCUAUACUUUAUAACACCAAAGUGGGAAAAACUCAACGAUGCUAAGGUGUGGAAGGAUGCUGCUACUCAAAUUUUCUUCUCCCUGUCUGCAGCCUGGGGUGGACUAAUUACUCUUUCAUCAUACAACAAAUUCCACAAUAACAUUUAUAGGGAUACGCUCAUAGUGUCGUGUACUAACAGCGCUACCAGCAUCUUCGCAGGAUUUGUCAUCUUCUCAGUCAUCGGGUUCAUGGCUCAUGAGCUUCAGGUGCCAAUUGAAAAAGUUGCUGAUGAAGGGCCUGGCAUUGCCUUUGUAGUUUAUCCAGAAGCAUUAACCAGGCUUCCACUCUCUCCAUUCUGGGCUCUGAUAUUCUUUUUAAUGCUGUUGACUCUUGGAUUGGAUACAAUGUUUGCUACCAUUGAGACGAUAGUAACAUCUGUUUCCGAUGAGUUUCCCAAAUACCUUCGUAAACACAAGCCCAUUUUCACACUGGUGUGUUGUAUAUCAUUUUUCGUGCUGGGAUUUCCCAUGAUAACGGAGAAUGGAAUGUAUAUGUUGCAGCUUGUGGAUACCUAUGCUGCCUCCUACUCUCUGGUCAUCAUUGCAAUUUUCGAACUAGUUGGAAUUUCAUAUAUAUAUGGAUUGCAAAGAUUUUGUGAAGAUAUCGAAAUGAUGAUUGGAUUCCAGCCAAACAGGUUCUGGAGAGUUUGCUGGGCUUUAGUUACUCCAACUAUCCUUACAUUCAUCCUGUUCUUGAGUUUGUACCAAUGGAAGGUUAUGACCUAUGAGGACUAUGUCUACCCCACUUGGUCAAUGGUGCUUGGAUGGUUGAUGGUAGUCUGUUCCGUCAUUUGGAUUCCUAUUAUGUUUGUGAUUAAAAUGCAUCUGGCCCCUGGCAGUUUCAUUGAGAGGCUUAAGCUGGUCUGUUCUCCACAACCAGACUGGGGCCCGUUCUUGAUGAAGCAUCGCGGAGAACGCUACAAGAACAUGACCGACCCCCUGGGAACCAACUCUCUGGGGCUCAAACUACCACCAAAGGAUUUUGAAUUAGGAACUCAGUUUUAGUGACACUGUCUGUUCUCCGUCUGUGGUUUCCAUGAUGGGCUUGUUACAGUCACAUACUUGGGGAGGUCCAUUCAAGUAAUACGAAUAACAUUUUAACUAAACUACAUAUAUUGGCUAUAUUGUUCCAGUGCUGUGGUUCCAGAUUGAAUGUCAUUCAAGGCAUUUUUCUGCUUCACUCUAAUUUAUUACAAAACUGGCACAGACAGUAAACAUCUGUGCCCCCUAUAAAUUCAAUGACUUCUAUUAAAGGUUGACAUUUACCAGUACCUCUUUAUAGGCUAUUCUUUUGUAUAAAGAAUAGUUGAAUAUGUGAAAUAAAAAUGGUAAUUGGCUACCAUUGCUUCCAACAUGAAGUCAAUUUACAGUUAACAGUAUGUUUGUUCCUAAAAUAUGUAAUAAAUGUAAUCCUGGUAUUCGUUUUUAAUUUCACCAGUAUUUCAAUUUAUUUUAUUUUAUUUUAUCAUAAGGUACAUAACAAAUAUGUGAUCUGUGCCUAAUUUCUAUAGUUUCGCAGUAGUUUAUCUGUAUGCUCAGUUUUACACAAUAUUGCUUGUUUUACUCUUACAUUUUAAUUAUAACUACCCUGCUGUUGUAUAGUUAUGCAUUGUAGAAAGUAGAUAUACCUUUCUCUCUUGACUAAAGGGGAAAUUAAUUGCGCCCCAGAUCUAUAUGUAAACUUUUCAAUACAUAUUCUCUCUUAUAGAAACUUAAUAUAGGUGAAUGGUUGUUGAUAGCUUGUACCAUACAUGUUUAUGAUAUGAUUCGUUUGCCUCCUUUUUAAAAGAAAAUGCCAUCCCGAAAAUAUUGAUCUGUGCUUUACAAUUUGCAAAUGCAUUUGAUGGCCAUAUACACAGUGCAGUUUUGCUAUUGAUUAACAGUACAUGUUGUGAUCUAGUUCAGGGAGUGGUGGGCCUUUCCCCCUUACAGAAUCAUGUGAUAGUGAUUUGUCAAGUAGAAAGUAAACUAGUAAGAGAGAAUCUGUAUAGCUAUAAUUGAGCUAUAAUUUGCAAAUUGUCUAUCUAAUUGUUAUUUGUACAAAUGCAUACUUUUUUUAAGAAGUAACCAGUGUUCAUGUAGUGUGUACUAGUGUUGUCAUGUCCCUCUUAUUAGUAUCUUAUGAUGUAGAGAUGGUGAGAAUAGAAUAGUUCAGGGACACAUCUUUCUUAAACUGUUAUAGUUGGAAAUCCUCAUUGACUUCCGGGGACUGUUUCGCCAUUAACUUGUCUGUUUGUCUUCAUGUUACAGGGUCUCAGGUAAACGUAUGUUCAUAAAUUCAAGAUGUAGUUCAAAUAUCAUCACCCGUAUUUUAAAGCCAUGUGUUAUCGGAAUGUUAUACCUUAAGAUAUAUGGUUUCUUGUUACAUUUGGACUUGUCCAGAUGAAGCCACUUCCAGACAGGCAGAACUGCGACUCAAGUUCAUUUUCUUUUGAAGCAGCUCAUUACCAUGCUCAUGACUCUUCAGAGCUGCCUUAGACAAUUCUAACAUAACUGCAAACUGCAGAUUUGCACUUCUGUUGGUAAUGGAAAAAAUACACUGCUGGAUUUAAGCUUUUUAUUUUGGAGCAACACAUAUUUAGUUGAAAUAGCAUUGCUAUUUAGCUAAUAGAGCAAAUAGAAGAAAAGCCAUUUUACAGUACUGUAACAGCGUGACAUAAUUGCAGAGCAAACACCAUGUGAAGGAUGUCAACCAUUACAUUUGAACAGUCAUUACACACUGGGUAUGCAAGGCAGGGUUAUGAACAAUUGUGAAGCAUGGAUUUUAUAAGAGCAUUUCAUGUACAUGACACUGUCCCUUGUUAUGCAUAUAUACUUGAAUUGUAUGUGAGUUUGAAGACUUGCCUUGCUACAGAAACUCCAAAGUCAUCAUCUGUCCAUACUUUGGGCCACACUCUUAACCCAUUAACCAGUAAGUCUAUUGCAGCUCUAUGUAGUUGUGUACUUCUAUGGACCUUGCCAUAGCAUAAUUGCAGUCAUUCAGUUGUUAACAAAUACAUUUUUUUUUUGUUGUGACCUUAGCUUUGUUUGCACUCUGUAAUUUUUGAGUUUGAGAUAGCUUUCUGAAUGAAGUUUGAAAAGUUAUGGGCGUAUAGACCAGGCUUAUCCCAGUGACUAUAUACUCCUAGUUACAUUUUUGGGCCCUGUUAUACAUAAAUUUCAAUUGGUAAAUAAUUCAAAUUGGGCCAUCGUUGAUCUUAAAAGAAGCUGCUUUUCCUAAAAAACGCAGCUUGGAAAGACAGCUCUAAAUGAGGGAAGUGCUAUAGAUCUGCCUCUGUUUAAGGCAAUAAAAAGCACAGUAUAUCUGUAUUCAAACAGCAUGUUUUGUGGAAGUCCAUUAAAUGUUAACAAAACACACAGGGCUACCUUUUGAACCACAGCAAAGGUGCUGCAACGUUUUGUACAAUUUCAAACUCUUUAAUAGUUAAGAAGGUUGGUAUCUGACACCCCACUUGCAUCAAAGGUGUUUCUCUGCAUCUGUCAACAGUGAAAUCCAAUUUUACACUCGAGCAGCAGUGUGUUAAAUACGCUUCCCGCUGUUAGGUGUUUUGCGUGAUAUCUGCCCUUUCAGUUUGUUUUGUAACUCAUCUUCCACUUCAACAGGUUGCAUUUAGCUUCACCCAGCUCACUCAUCUCAACGUGGUACAGAAUUCACUUUCUUAUUGGCGUGAAGAAGGUUAUCCUUUAGCUAGCUUGUUCUAAAUACCCAGUCUGUAGAAUAUUUAUUAUUAUUAUUAUUAUUAUUAUUAUUAUUAUUAUUAUUAUUAUUAUUAUUAUUAUCAUGUAUUUUGUUGCCUACAAGUCAACUUUAGGCUAUAGAUAACCAAAGAGGGAAGAGAGAUUUAUGAAGGGUAAAUAAAAUAAAUAAACGGGAGAGACUGAGAAACUGCCAGUCAUGUUUCAUUUGUGUUCAUUAUAUUUGCAACAUGGUACAAAAAUACAUCUUCAGGUAGCCACUGGCCUUAUAGAUGUGUUCUAAUUUUAGAAAUAUAUGUAUUUAAAUAAUAAAAAUUAUAAAAAAUGAAAUAAACAGAGUAGCCUAUAGUCUGCCAUAUAUAGUAUAUCUCUCAUGUAGUGUAUGCCACAUCUUUUUUGGCACUUCAUUGUGGACCUAUCACGGUAUAGGUUUAAUUCUUAAUUACUUGCGUAUGUAUAUUUUUGUGUGUUCUUCGUGGGGUGCUGCUGCCUAUGGAUAUAGAUAUCUACCCCAGUCAGGUCCUAUAACAUACUUGUUUGCCAUACAGAUAAAAUAGAAAGAUAUAAAUAUUAUGUUCUGAAUAUUGCGCCAUAUGUAUCAUAGUAUAUUACAUGUCAGAUGCAUUAUUUAUUUAAAAAAAAAAAAAAAAUUAUUCUUGAGGCCCUACCUCAGAUUUUGUAUUUAUGUAUACAAAUGCAAUUUAUGUAUUGUAGAUUUGCCUAUAUUACAAUGUUACGGACUGGAGUUUAUCCUACACUGCGUAAGUUCUAAAAUCACUAAA